AUGAUAUUGAUUAAAACUUUUAUUUAUGGAAGAAGUGGUAAUCCUACAAGAAAUGUUUUACAAACAUGUUUAGCUGCUCUAGAAGAUGGAAAACAUGUUGUUUUUUCAUCGGGUUUAGGUGCUACAACUGUUUUAACUUCACUAUUAAAUGCAGGAGAUCAUAUUAUAUCUGGAGAUGAUAUUUAUGGUGGAACUAAUCGUUUUUUCAAAAAUUGUUUAAAAAAUAUUUUAGUAACAUUUGUGGAUAUGAUAGACAUAAAUAAUAUUAUAACCAAUAUACAACCAAAUACAAAGAUGAUUUGGUUAGAGACACCAACUAAUCCUUUACUUAAAGUAAUUGAUAUUGAAGCAGUUACUCAAGCAGUGAAGCAAAUAAAUCCUGAAAUUCUUGUAAUAGUAGACAAUACUUUCCUAACAUGUUAUUAUCAAAAACCAUUAAAAUUGGGUGCAGAUAUUGUAAUAUAUUCCUUAACAAAGUACAUGAAUGGGCAUUCAGAUGUUAUUAUGGGUGCAGCAAUUACAAAUAGAGAAGAUAUUGCAAAUAGACUUCGAUUUUUACAAAAUGCUAUGGGCGUUGUUUCAUCACCUCUAGAUUGUUUUUUAGUUAAUCGCAGUUUAAAAACUCUAGAACUUAGAAUGCAACAACAUAUGAAACAUGGGCUUGCAGUUGCAAAAUUUUUACAAUCACAUCCAUGUGUAGAAAAAGUAUUUCAUCCAUAUUUACCAUCACAUCCACAGCAUGAACUUGCUAUUAGACAAACAUCUGGUCAUAGUGGAAUGGUUUCAUUUUAUCUAAAGGGUGAUUCUAGUAAAUUUCUAAAGGCAUUAAAGAUAUUUACAUUAGCAGAAUCACUUGGUGGUUAUGAAUCUCUUGCUGAAUUGCCAUCUGUUAUGACUCAUGCUUCAAUUCCUGAAGAAACUAAAAAAAUAUUAGGUAUUAAUGAUAAAUUAAUUCGGUUGUCUGUUGGUCUUGAAACUGAAAGGGAUAUUUUGGCUGAUCUUGAUCAAGCUCUUAAAGCUAGUCAAUAAAUAUUUUAAUUUUAUAUGCAUAUUCAUAGUGUUGAAUUGCUACUAUAUAUAAUAUAUAUGUUAACAUGAUAUAUUAUA